AUGGCUCCCACUGUUUCUGCACCUGAAGAUGCUGUGAUUAAGCCAGGUUCAAUUAUCUUGAUCACAGGCGUGACUGGCUACAUCGGAUCUCACACAGCAGACCAACUCCUCCAACGCGGCUACAAAGUCAGAGGCGUAGUCCGCAAACCCAGUGAAUGGCUCACCAACAUCUUCAACCAAAAAUACGGCAAAGAUGCCUUUACAACCUCCUUCGUCGCCGACCUCACCGAUGAAGAAGCUCUGGUCAAGGCAAUGCAGGAUGUCGAUGGUGUCAUCCAUGUCGCCAGCGAUGUCUCCUUUUCCCCCGAUCCGAAUGUGGUUAUCCCUAUUGCUGUGAAUUUGGCCACUACAGCGCUCAAGGCGGCUGCUAGAACUCCUUCGGUGAAGAGGUUUAUCCUCACUUCUUCUGCUGUCGCGGCGUCUGCGUAUCAGACCAAUACUCCCCGCAGUGUUUCCUCCUCCUCGUGGUCAGAAGCUUAUAUCCAGGAUGCAAAGCGACCGGGUCCUUACACCCCCGACCGCGGUCUAGCCACCUACGGCGCCUCAAAAGCUCUAGCCGAACAAGCGGUUUGGAAAUGGAGUGAGCAAAACCCCUCCAGUGAUUUAACCAUCAACACCGUUCUUCCAGAUUUCAACCUCGGUCUUCCAAUCUCUGUGCAACAUCAAGGAUGGCCUAGUAGCGUGGGCAUGGCCGUCGCUCUGUUCAACGGCGAUACCGUAUACGGCCGUCUCACACCUCCUCAAUACUUCAUCUCCGUGCAAGAUGAUGCACUCCUCCACAUCGCCGCUCUACUCCACCCAUCAGCCAAAAGCGAGAGAAUCUUUGGGUUUGCGGAAAAGAAGAAUGCGAAUGCUGUGUUGAGGUUGUACAAAGAGUUGUACCCGGAGAGGGAAUUUGCGGAUGAGGAUCCAGAGGAAGGAGAGGAUUUGGUGGAAGUGGAGGGGAAAGAGAGGGCGGAGGAAUUGUUGAAGUGGAUCAAGGGGAGCGGGUGGACUGGUAUGAAGGAGAGUGUCAAGGAGGUUGGGGAUUAUCUUAUUGAGCAUGAGAAGGAUGCUUGA